AUGAAAUGCACAAAAAUUCUCUUUCUUUUUGGAGUUGUAUUAUUGCACUACUCAUGCUUCCUUCAGUCUGCCAUAUCUUCAUCAACUUCCAACUUCACAGAUCAAUCUGCCCUCCUUGCCAUCCAAUCUAAACUCAGUUUUGACCCCACCAAUAUUGUUUUGGGUGGUAACUGGACUACCAAUACAAGCUUCUGUAAUUGGGUUGGGGUCUUUUGUAGCAAACGCAGGCAAAGAGUCACAGCCUUAAAGCUUUCCUAUAUGGCUCUCCAAGGCACCAUUUCCCCUCAUAUUGGCAACCUCUCCUUCCUCGUCUCGCUCCAUCUUCAAAACAACAGCUUCUUUGGGCCCUUGCCUAAUGAAAUCAGCCGUUUACAUCGCCUGAGGUCACUUUUAUUGCAUAACAACCAGCUGCAAGGAAGCAUCCCUCCCACUUUGUACCAUUGCCAGAAGCUCGAAGUCCUAGUCCUUGAAGUGAACAGGCUAACAGGUCCUAUACCUAGGGAGUUGGGUUUCCUACCUAGACUCCGUAGGUUAUACCUCGGCCUGAAUAAUUUCACGGUUGGUACAAUUCCUUCAUCCUUCGGUAACAUUUCAACAUUGGAAGAAUUGAACUUGCAAGAGAGCAGCCUCACAGGUUCAUUCUCUUCUGCUCUCCUUAACCUAACUUCUCUAGAAAUGAUUUCUCUACCUAAGAACAGCAUCUCAGGAAGUCUUCCUGUGGACCUUUGCCAUUUUUGGCCAAAUAUCCAAUCCAUUUCAUUCUCUUUCAACAAGUUCAGUGGCAAGAUCCCUUCUAGAAUUGGUCAAUGCAGCGAGCUUGAGAUCUUAUCUCUGUCAUACAAUAGCUUUGUUGGAAGCAUCCCAGAAGAAGUUUGGAGCUUGCAACAUCUUCAAAUCCUAUACCUUGGUGGUAAUAAGCUGACAGGUACUAUAUCUCCUUCAAUUGGAAACAUGUCCAACUUGAAGAGUUUUGCUGUGGGACGCAAUAACAUUGAGGGAAAUAUUCCAGGCAAUUUGGGACAUCUUUCUAAUCUAGCUUUUUUGGGCUUGGCGUUUAAUAGCCUAACAGGUCCAAUACCUCAAGUAAUCUUCAACAUCUCCUCCUUGGAAAGUUUAGAAAUGCAAUCCAAUGCUCUUUCUGGAGAAUUUCCUUCCUCUGCAGUUUUUCUUCCUAACCUCACUUCCUUACUUUUUCAUACCAAUCAAAUUACAGGACCUAUCCCAACUUAUUUUUCAAAUUUUACUAAGCUCACUGAGCUUGAUGCUGACAACAACUUGCUCUAUGGACCAAUACCCAUGAAUCUUGGUAGCUUGAAACAUCUCCAAUUCCUUAAUUUGGCAAGAAAUCAGCUAACGGGAGAACCCGGGUUCGAUGAGCUUAGAUUCCUUUCUUCUUUGUUUAAUUCUAGUUCACUGGAAUAUAUAAUUUUGUAUGAAAAUCCUCUAAAUGGCAUCAUACCCGAUUCCAUUGGAAACUUCUCUCAGUCCCUCCAGGUAAUUUAUACACCUGCAUGCCAAAUUAGAGGCCAUAUACCCAAGAGCAUUGGUUCCUUGAGGAGCUUGACCUUCCUUUACUUAGCUUACAACAAUCUGAGUGGAAAAAUACCAUCAUCAAUUAGAGGAUUGGAAUCUUUGCAAAGAUUGUAUCUUCAAAACAAUAGUAUUGAAGGGUUCGUUCCAAAUGAGCUUUGUCACCUGAAGAACCUAGGGGAAAUAUUGCUAUCAAAUAACAAAAUCUCUGGAUUGAUCCCAAAUUGCGUAGGAAACCUCAGGCGCCUUCAAAUAGUUCUCCUCAAUGUUUUAAAAGGCGAGGCGUAG